AUGAAUAUCUUCAAACUGCUGUUCGACGAGAUCCGUUACCGCAAGCUCAACUUCUUCCUCAUGCUCAUUGGAGUAACGGUGGCCGUGAGCCUGUUUGUGGCCGGGGCCUCCGUCGUACAUGGCUAUCAUUCCGAGAGCCUCGAAAAGUACGAGGCCCUUCAAACAGAAACCUCCGAUGCCCUCGCCCAGGUCGAAGAUGAAACCCGCAAGAUCAUGCUCAAGAUGGGCUUCAACCUGAAGAUCCUCCAUCGCGACACGAACAUGGACAACUUUUGGGCUGAAGGCUAUAGCGAACGCGACAUGCCGCAAGAGUACGUCGAUCGGCUGGCCAACGCCGAGCAACUCUCGUUGGUCACCCAUCUGGUCGCCACGCUCCAACGCAAAGUCACCUGGAACGAUCGCAAAGUCCUGCUGAUGGGUUACCUGCCCGAGACUCCCAGGGCCCACGAGUCGAAGAAGAAACCCAUGGGCUUCGAUAUCGCCCCCGGCACGGCUUACGUUGGCUACAACUUGGGACUGGACCUCAACGAGGGCGACCCAAUUGAAAUUCUCGGCAAACAGUUCACGGUCACGAAGGUACUGCCCGAGAGUGGGACCGUGCAGGACAUCACGCUUGCCGUUCACUUAGACGACGCCCAGGAACUGCUCGACGCCGACGGCAAAAUUAACCAGAUUCUCGCUAUCGGCUGCCGCUGCAAGACCGCGCUGUUACCGGAAGUGCGUAAACAACUCGAGGCAGUUUUGCCCGACACCCAAAUCUACGAAGUCGGCCCCCGAGCCCUCGCCCGCGUCGAGCAAAGGGCCCUCGUCGCCAAGAGCAAACAAGAGGCGCUCGAGACCAUGUCGGCCAGCCGCAACGAGCAGCAACAACUCAUGGAAACCUUCACCGGGGUGGUCACGCCGCUGGUCAUUCUGGCCGCCGCCAUUUGGGUCGGCCUGCUCACGCUCUCCAACGUCCGCGAGCGUCGAAUCGAAAUCGGUCUCCUCAGGGCUCUCGGCAAAGGCUCGCUACGAAUCGCCAUGCUGUUCCUGGGCAAAGCCCUCAUUCUCGGCAUCGUCGGCGGCGCGAUCGGCUUCGGCCUGGGGGCAUUGCUUGCCCGUGUAAUCCUCGUCGAUGCCAUGGACAUCGCCCCGCUGCACUACCAGAUUCCCUAUACCAUGCUCACCUGGAGUCUCGUCGGCGCCCCAAUCGUCUGCGCCCUGGCCAGCUACCUGCCAGCACUCAGUGCCGUUCUGCAAGAUCCGGCGAUUGUGUUGCGGGAUGCGCCAGUCGUGAACUCACCGCUCCACAGCACUCGGUCGCUCACGCUCUUGUCCAUCGUGAGCGUCGCUAGCCUUGCAUUCCUCGUCGCUUCCCCCGCGGCGGCCUGUCCGUAUUCCAUCCGCGAUUCGGCGUUCAUCGGCAGCGAAAACCUUCCCAGCUUCCAACUGCUACUAAUCACAGACUCCACCGAUGAGUCGCUCUUCGACUCCAUCGACACCGCGAAUGUAGCCUGGCUCAGCGAAGCCAACGUCGUGGCCGAGGUCGUCCCCACCGAUAGCGCCACCGUGCGGGGCAUUCGCAACCAAUUGCCCGAGGAACAACUUUCUCCGGAAGGACUAACCGCGGUGUUGGUCUCACCGCAGGGUGGGGCACGUUUCAUGGGUACACUACAGUCGGAAGACAUCUCGCUGGACUCCGUCAUGCGGUUGGUCUCCGCAACCGUCGCUUCGCCGCUCCGCACGAAGUUGCACAACGAUCUGCUUGAAGCGUGGGCCGUGCUGUUGGUUGUUCACGACAAAGAUGCAGACGCUGCAGAACAGCUCGCCGACCGCGCCCGACAGGCCGGCGACCGCAUCGUCGGUACCACCACCGAAAUGGACAAAACCGUUGAGCAGCCCCCGCUGGUCGUUGUGCUCAAUCGCCAAGACCCUGAAGAACAAGUCCUGCUGUGGAGCCUUGGCCUGUUAGGUGAAGAAACCGCUUCCGACGAACCCCAAAUCGCCAUGCUCACCGGCCGUGGCGAACUUCGCGGGCCCGUGCUCACCGGGGACGACGCCACUGAUGAGGCCAUCUACGGCCUGCUCGAAAUGCUCGGCCGCAACUGCACCUGCACCACCGACGACGCUUGGCACACCGGUCCAGUUAUCCCGCUAGAGUGGACCGAUGACAUGCAGGCGUCCGUCGAAGAAUCCCUCGGCUUCGAUCCCGAAGACCCCGAGGCCAUCGGAGCAAUCACCGGCGUAAUGGCCGGUCUCGCCGGUUCCCUCGGCUAUCAGGAAGCCGCGCUGGAGUACGAAGAAACUAUGGUCGCUCCCGAUAGUCUUGCGGCUGCCUCCGAAACAGAAGUCGACACGGAGGUCAUUUCACAAGAAGCCCCGGUCCCGCUCCCCAACGAAGAAGCAGCCAGCGAGAGUGAGGCCGCGAAACCAGCCGAGUCGAGUUCGGAGACGAAUCUAGUUUCCAGAGAGCCUCCCAGUGUCUCAGGCGGCUUUCAGCUCAAGUACAUGACAGGCAUUAUACUUGCCGGCGGAAUUGCAAUUCUGCUAGCCGGCACUUUUUUCAUGCUCCGCAGUUCAUCUCGCGGCUAA